CAACACUGGAAUGGUCUCGGCACAGCGCUGGCGCAGCUACGUUCACGUUGUAGGAAAUUCCUUCCUUUUUAAACUUUUUUGUGAAAAGUUCACGAUGUCAACCAAUUUUAAUCUUCGGAACAAGGUGAUGCUACAGCCAUUAGUGCUUUUCCAGAUUAUCGACGCCUACGAGCGCCGCCCAAAGGAUGCCAAUCAGAUAAUGGGCACUUUGCUGGGCCGCAAAAACGGAAAAGGGGGGCUUAUCGAGAUUACCAAUUGCUUUGUUGUGCCGCACAAGGAGCAUUCGGACGGUACCGGAAUUGAUCUGGAUAUUCCGUAUGCCGCCGAUGUCCUGGAGCUAAAUAUGCUGACUUACCCACAUGAGCGGGUGCUGGGGUGGUUCGCUACCGGAAAAGCGGUCUCCCGGUGCGCAACCCUGUUGCACGACUAUUACUCUCGAGUGUGCGGCGAGGGACAGCCGUUGCACCUGCUAGUGGAUGCAACCCUGCGUAACCAACGGCUUUCGACGCGACUGUACUGCGCUGUCAAGAUCGGAGUGCCUGGCGGCACCAAAGGCCUAAUGUUCUCCAUUCUUCCGCUGGAGAUGGCCAGCGGGAACGCCGAAAUGGUGGCCCUGCGUUCGAUGGAGAAGCAGUCGCUGCAGUCGGCGAAUAAGCUGGUGGGACGCAUCCUGCCGGAGUUGGUUCAAGUAGUGGAUGCCACCCGGGAAGUGCAACAGCGUCUGGAUUUGGUGCUGCGCUACAUCAACGAUGUUCUGGCCAGGAAGAAAAAGCCGGACAACGUGGUUGGUCGGGCUCUGCACGAAGCCCUCACCUCGGUUCCGCUGGUGGACUCCGAGAAAUUCCGCCAGAUGUUCAACGCCAACUUGCGGGACAUGCUAAUGGCCAUCACGCUCUCCACGAUGAUAAAGACCCAGCUGCAAAUCAGCGAGAAGCUGUCCAGCAUGAACGACCGCCAGAUAUGAACAUUUCAAAUGACUCAAGCUAGGCAUCACAGAGCAUUUUUAUUGUCAAUAAACUUUGAAUUGUGAUCAUCAUUUGGCUUUAUUAACUUUUAAUUAAUAAAAAUAAUAUGUACUUACA